AUGCCAAAUUAUGUGAAAUUCAUGAAAGAAGUCGUGUCGAAGAAAAGAAGAUUAGAAGACUUUGAAACUGGGAAACUAACUGAAGAAUGCAGCGCCAUCUUACAGAAAAAAUUGCCUCAAAAGGUGAAAGACCCUGGCAGCUUUACUAUACCAUGCACUAUUGGAGGGUCAUCCUUUGACAAGGCAUUAUGUGAUCUUGGAGCGAGUAUUAAUUUGAUGCCACUUUUAGUUUUUAAGAAGUUGGGGGUAGGAGAGGUGAAGCCCACAACCAUUACUCUUCAAUUAGCAGAUCAGUCACUUACGUAUCCUAGGGGAGUGAUUGAAGAUGUAUUAGUUAAGGUGGAAAUUUUUUUUUCCUGCUAA